AUGCAUCGAACAUGCCCGGAUCGAUGCGACGGCUCUUUUCAAACCUUCAAGCCUGACAGACAAGGAGGCGAGAAAAGGCGCAUUUUCGCGCCGGCAGUCUCGUCAGCUCCGAUUCAUCUUUGUCGGCCUCGGACGUCUUUAAUGCCAUCCUAUCGGCAAAUUCGCCUCAGACUUGACGUUCAUGGAUUUGCCCAUUGCAGGAAAAUCGAUACUUACUUCCUCAAUCAGCCCGGACGUGGACAAACUGAAAAGAAAUCUGUACCGUUGAGUCAAGUUUGGUACAUUCCCGCCACCGUAUGCGAUCAAGGAUGA